AUGUUUUGUUCACCUAAAAUUGUGUUUGCGUUGGCUUUGGUAUAUUUUUGUGAAAUAAUUCAUGCGGUUGAAUACAAUGAGUUGUAUAGUCCUCAUUUAGAAUAUACGUCGAAUGAAAUACUAGAUGAUGCACGUUUGGACACGUUCUCCCUGAUACGGAAAUAUGGAUACAACUGUGAAAUUCAUCGGGUGUAUACAGAAGAUAAGUAUAUACUGGAGAUGCAUCGCAUACCAAGCAGUAAAGAGAAUGCCCCGGUGGUAUUUCUUCAGCACGGUUUGUUGUCUUCCUCUGCUGAAUGGGUGCUCAUGACUCCUGGCCGUGGCCUUGCUUAUAUCUUAGCCGAUGCUGGCUAUGAUGUAUGGAUGGGUAACGCACGAGGGAACACUUAUUCUAGAAGGCACACUUCUUUAAAACCUACAUCUUCUGCGUUUUGGAAGUUUAGUUGGCAUGAAAUAGGCUAUUAUGAUCUUCCGGCAAUGAUAGACUAUGUUCUUAAAGAGACCAAGGUUCCUAAGAUCCAGUAUAUAGGUUUCUCUCAAGGCACAACUGUAUUUUGGGUCCUCAUGUCUACAAGGCCUGAAUAUAAUGAAAAAGUUGCUGCAAUGCAAGCCUUAGCACCCGUAGCAUACAUAGGAAAUAUCAAAAGUCCUCUCAUCAAAGCUAUUGCGCCUUUCACAAAUUCUCUUGAGAUCAUACUUAAAAUACUAGGAACUAAUGAGAUCCUACCGAAUGGAAAGAUAAAUGAGCUAGCUGGACAAAAAUUGUGCCUAGAGGAAGCCAUAACACAAUCCAUUUGUACAAACAUUUUAUUUCUCAUUUGUGGAUUUAACGCAGAUCAAUUAAAUACCACGAUGCUACCCGUAGUAAUGGGCCACACGCCAGCAGGGGCAUCGACGAGACAACUCAUACAUUUUGGCCAACUGUACAAAUCAAACAAAUUCGUACAAUUCGACCAUGGUUGGCUCACCAACAAACGGAUUUAUGGGACUUUCAAACCGCCCGCUUACAACUUAGAAGCUAUAAAAUCUCCAGUAUUUUUGCAUUAUGCUGACAACGAUUGGCUAUCAACACCAAAAGACGUUAAAAAGUUAGCUGCAAAAAUCACAUCAGUCGUUGGAACUUUCAGAGUACCGCUUGCAAAAUUCAACCAUCUAGACUUCGUUUUCGCAAUAAAUGCAACAGAACUAAUUUACGACAGAGUCCUAAAUAUAAUGUCGCAAUUCAAAAACCAAACUUCGAACUAA